AACAAAUAUUCUUUUCUUUCAUCUUUUUCAGCAUUCACUGAAAUAACACACAGAUCCAGAUCCAUCCAUACCCACUGAAAUUAUCUCACUUCCAUUUCAGGUAAUUUACACCUAUAAUAAUGUCAAGGAGACCAUCGGGUUUAUCUCGACGAUUGGGUGAUGGAGCCAGCGUCCCAUUUAUGGGCUCCUUACACCCGAAAGCACGUUCUUCACCCUUCUUAUCUAUCGGACUUGUACUAUUGGGAGCCUUUUUUAUAAUUGGAUAUCUUUAUAGUACUUCAGGUAGAAAUGGUUUGGAUAAAGCUGCUUUAAGGAGGCUUGAAGCUGGUGGGUCAUGCACAUCGGAACUUUUUGAGGCAUUGCCAUAUUUGAAGAAAGCAUAUGGAGAUAGCAUGCAUAAAAUCCUGCAUGUAGGUCCAGAUACUUGUACAGUGGUUUCCCAGUUAUUAAAAGAAGAGGAUACUGAAGCAUGGGGUGUGGAGCCAUAUGAUUUAGAUGACAGUGAUUCCAACUGCAAAAGCCUUAUAAGAAAAGGCGUUGUUCGUGUAGCUGAUAUUAAGUUUCCUCUCCCAUAUAGGUCCAAAUCUUUUAACCUUGUCAUAGUGUCGGAUGCGCUGGAUUACUUGUCCCCAAAGUACCUUAACAAAACACUUCCAGAAUUAGCAAGAGUGUCUUCAGAUGGAUUUAUUAUCCUCUCUGGUUAUCCUGGGCAACGUACGUUUAAAGUUUCCGAGCUGUCCAAGUUCGGUCGCCCUGCAAAACUACGAAGUGCUACUUGGUGGAUUCGGUUUUUUGUUCAAAGCAGGAUAGAAGAGAAUGAAGAUGCCAUUAAGAAGUUUGAGUCAGCUGCAGCCAAGAAACCCUACCAGCCUGCCUGCCAGAUCUUCCAUCUCAAAUCAUUCAUUUGAAACAACAGGUUUUUUAAUUUAUCAAGAGUUACAUCAUAAAAUACAAAUUAUGUUAUUGAAAAGAAGAAAAUUUGAUAUUUAUUGGGAAUUUUUGGUUCAUUGUCAUUCAAAUAUGUAGAUUGUUGUAACCUUAUAGACUACUAAUGCUUUUAUAUAAUUUUUGAAAAUAGUGUCAUUUUAGUCUAUAUACUUGAAUACCCCAUAAAGUUGUAACAGAAAUCUUGUUUGGUAUUCUUUUAUUGUA